AAGGCUGUGCCGCCCACAUGGGACCUCUUCGAGGCGGUGAAGGCGGGCAGGAGCGCCCUGGAGCCCGUGGUGGACGAGUGGCUGGAAGGCUACCUGCAGGACCAGGCCGGGGGCUUCGUGGAGCUGAUGAACUUCGUGGUGCGCGCCUGCGGCUGCAGAGGCACCGUGACUCUGGAGAUGCUCGGCCGCCUGCAGAACUCGGAGAUCAUUGAAAGCCUGACCGAAGCCUUUGAGGAGGAUUCAGCUGAGUACCCGUUGAUGCUGAACACUCCCACGUGGCUACGUUUCCGUACAGGAUUCUGUGAGUUCAUAGCGGUGCUUGUGCGCCGUGCCCAGCAUAAUGUUGUUUAUGAUGAAUACUUGAUGGACGGUCUCAUUGCCUUCCUGACUGGCCUGUCUGAUUCUCAAGUGCGUGCCUUCCGUCAUACCAGCACUCUGGCAGCUAUGAAGCUGAUGACGGCCUUGGUGCACGUGGCACUGAGUGUAAGCUUGCAGAAAGACAAUGCUCAGCGACAAUAUGAGACUGAGCGGGCCAAAGAUCUGGGCUGCUGGGCCCCAGGGAAGCUGGAAGGGCUGUUGGAGAAACAUAAGGAGUUCCAGGAGAAGCAGGAAGAGCUGGAGACCUUGAUGAACGCUCUCUUCAAGGGAGUCUUCGUUCACCGCUAUCGGGACCUUUUACCUGAAAUCCGCGCUAUUUGCAUUGGAGAGAUGGGUCAGUGGAUACAACAUUACACCACUUCCUUCCUAACGGAUGGUUACCUCAAGUACAUUGGCUGGACUCUGCAUGACAAGCAGUGGGAGGUCCGACUCAGGUGCCUACUUGUACUGCAAGGCUUGUAUUGCAGCCCAGAAACUGCCUCGCAGAUGGAGCUUUUCACCAGUCGCUUUAAGGAACGGAUUGUGGCCAUGGUUCUGGAUAAGGAGCCCCAGGUGGCAACGGAAGCUGUGAGGCUGCUUACUCUCAUCCUUCAGAAUGCGGACGGCGCCCUCACGGGUGCUGACUGUGAAAGGGUCUUCCCACUGGUUUAUGCUUCCAGUCGUCCUGUAGCUGCUGCUGCAGGUGGAUUUUUAUACAGAAAGUGAGUAUGGUUGUUGGCACCCAGGGUAGAUGCCGGUGGGAAAUCAGGCGACCUCCAUGAGGGCACUCGUGGCUUCCUCCAGUUGCUUUUGGUGUUCUUUAUUGAAAGUGAGUUCCAUGACCAUGCCGCUUACUUGGUCGAUAGCCUGUGGGACUGUGCAUCUGCCCUGCUGAAGGACUGGCCGGUGCUGACAGGCCUCCUGCUGGAGGAAUCCUCCAUAGAAGGUUUGGGCGAUCUCAGGGAGAGCAGCCUCAUCUUGAUCUUGGUGGCCAGCAUGCGGCAAGCCACCGAAGGGCACCCACCCAUCGGCAGGUUCUCUGGAAAGAAGGUGUUUUCUGCUCGGGAGCGCAAAGGGCAGUCUGAAGAGCGUUCGAGGCUCACGCAGCAUUUUGCGCCUCUGCUGCCCCAGCUGUUGGCUAAGUUCUCUGCUGACGCUGAGAAAGUAGGACCCCUGCUGGAGGCUUUGCGUUAUUUUGACCUAACUCAUUACAGCUCAGGCCGCCUGGAGAAGUACUUAGACUUGCUGCUGAGCCAGCUAAAGGAAGUGGUGGAAAAGCACACCAGCAGUGAAGUGCUGGAGCUGGCUUCCCAGACUCUCCAGCUGCUCUGCAGCACAGAAUUUGCUUUCUACAACCGUGUGGAUUUUGCUCGAAGCUGCAUUGUGGACUAUCUGGCGGAUAAAUUCCAGCACGAGGCUACUGAACUCCUCCAGUCCUCAUUUUCUGAGAAGGAGGAGGUGUACAGCUUGGCCGCCACUUUGAGACGCAUUGCCACCUUUCACAGUGCCCACGACCUGACUCCCUGGAGGUUCUUUGAGCCCUGUGUCCAUCUCCUGCGCCACCUGCUGAAUACAGGCGAGGCCUGCGAGCAGGUGGUGAUUCCUGCCAUGACUUGUGCCCACUUCUCGCUGCUCUGGGAACUGUCCCGCUGCUCAUCCGGGGACAUCCCUGACCAGCAGCUGCUCAGCCUCAGGGACAAAGUGGCUGCCUUUUGCUCCCUCUGCCAGAGCUGCCUCGUGGACAUGGAGCCCUGUGUCCAGGAGCAGGCCUUUGUGCUGUUGAGUGAUUUGCUCCUGAUCUUCGGUCCACACCUGGCUGACAGAGGGCAGGAGGAAUUGGUGUAUCAGCCGGAGUCUGCUCUGCAGUCGCAGAUGGCUGGCUUUCUAAUGGACCAUGUCUUCAACCACAACCAAGCCCAGGAUGAUGGUCUUCAGGUUGAGCAGCUGUACCAGCGGCGUAAUUUGCUGUCUGGAUUCUGCAAACUGGUCGUCUACGGAGUGCUGGAACUGAGCGCUGCUUCAGAUGUCUUCAAGUAUUACUCCAAGUUCUACGAUGACUAUGGGGACAUUAUCAAGGAAACUCUGAACCAGACCCGCCAAAUUGACCGAAUUGAGUGGGCUCGCACGCUGCUACUCAGCCUGCAGCAGUUGAUGACCCAGCUCUUCUUGGAAGCGGGACCAGGGGCCACAGACUCCCCCGCCUUCCUGGAGAUCCGGGACUUGGCACGGCGGUUCUCCCUGCUGUUUGGGCUGCACCAGCUACAGAACCGCUCAGCCCUGGUGGCUCUGCACAAGGAUGGCAUAAAGUUUGCCUUUGAGGAGCCGGCAUCCCCCAGCCCUGGCCUGGGCCUCAUCAACCUGCCCUUCCUGGAGCUGCUGAGUGAAUUCUCCCCGAGGCUGCUGGCCCCAGAUAAGGCUCUGCUGUGAGUGCGAUGUGGCUGGGGAGCCUCCGGAAAAGCCUCCCUGCCUGCUGAAAGCACCUUUUCUCCUCCCACCCACAGCCUGGC